AUGAGUAUGCACCGCUUAGUCCAUAUUCCCCGCCGGAAUAUUAUAAUCACACUUCCAAAUGAGGUCAUUCAACUCCUCGCUGGCAAGGACGAUGAGGCCGAAGAAAGGGCCACCCUCGCCUGGACGUGCGCUGAGCUCCGGGCUAUUCUCCUACCUAGAACACCCCCCGCAGUUAUGGUUUACGUCGCAAUUCGAUCGUUUGAAAUGAAGAAUAAACUCCUUUCUUACAGAAUCUUUGGUGUUCGUGGCAUCCGCAUGGGACUUAGGUAUGCGGGUCAUGUCGACGACAACAUCUGGGUGUCACCGGUGUGGGAUUACACGGCGGAAUUCGAAUGGUCACCCCAUCCAAAGUUGUACGCUAUUGUGGAGAUGGUUAAAUAUUACCACUUCCACCUACCAAUCAUCACAUUCCUCCAUCAGCACCUCACGUACGCACACGACAGCAUCCUUGCCGGCCUAAAGAUGGCGAUUCAGGUAGAUUGUUGGAAGGCCGCAGAGACCCUAUUGGAGUAUGGCACACAGGAGCAGCUGGGGGAGGCCGUCCUCGAGGCCUUGCGGUUCGGAACAAUCAAAACAGCGGAGAAUAUCCUCCAGUAUAUGCAUCCCGAAGGCGCUACCAACCUUGCGUGGGAUAUCACCACACGCGCUGUACGGUAUAUCGAUCAGCAGAUGCUGAGAAACAUCCUCGCAUGUAAUGGAGAGGUUUACGGGAGGUUCCAGAUCGACCAAGUCUUGAUUGAGGCCUUUAAACCCCUGUUGUACCUCGCAAAAUGCGUCUGCGACUCCGAUAUCUCCCGUAUCGGUCUUCUUAGCGUCUGGAAACAGAUGAUCGACUUCUCUGACGUCCAGGAAGAAGAUGAUGAGGAAUCUAACGUGCUUCACAUCCUCGCCCAAUACGGAGGUGAUCGAUACCACCGCCGGGCAUCCCUCAACGGCAAUCCGGACGAGCAGCUAGUCGAGCCAACACAAUCGCCAGCCUUCAACACUGACGAGCGGACCAUGGAAUCCUCCAAUCAGGCUUUGAAUGGGGAGGCCUGGACAGUUGACAAUAAAGUCCCAGGACAGCCUUCGCCGCAGUCAAACGAGGAUGAUUCGGAAGACGUGGAGGAGCUUGCGGGGGACACCGAUGAUGCGGAGGGUGCGGAGGGUACGGUUUUGAAAGCCUCGGAGUACGAACUCGAGCCAUCCAUCGAAGACACAUAUAGAAGCUGUUUGGGGAAAUAG